CCCCCAUCUCAUUUACUUGUUUAUAGUGAAAGAGAGUGCUUAGAUCAAUAUGAAAGGAGUUCAGAUAGCCCUGCUGUCAUGACAAGUCAUUUACUUGAUUUAUUACUUCAAGACAAACCUCAAGAUGCAUCUCGCAUUGUUAAUUUAGUUGAGAAAUCCAACAUUCGAUUUAUGCAUUUACUUCAGGGCAAGGAUGUGGCUGAAGAAGUCGAUGUCUUUUACACACCUGCUUAUGCUGCUGGGAAUGUAGUCGUCGAUAGUCUAUUAAGCAACGUUCUCUUAAGUCAGACAUAUUACAAACCAGACAUUGUGUCUGUCAUCAAAGCGCUCUGUGGCAUGCCUGGUCCUCUUUACGACAAAGACACUGCGCAUGUACUUAUGUGCAAUGACAAAACAAAACCUCGCUUAUUCCCUAGCUCACGCCAUUUGACAUUGAUUGUGAUGCCACCUUGCUUUAUUAACAAGACAUUUGCUUUUUUGUUUGAAACUCUUAUCAUGGAUCAUGAAGUACUUCCUCUAGGUAUCUUGAGAGCACCUGAUGAAAACAUGGGUAAUGAGCUUUCUUUUGUGUAUACCAAUCCUGUUUCUUCGCUUGUGUUGAAACGAACAGACAAAAUUUAUGUGCUGGCUUCAUCAGGUUGGAGUUUUUUUUCUCAUCAAUAAACUCUUUUAUUACCUAGGCUCUAGAUCCAGCACA